AUGGCGACUACGGUGGACAAGAUUAAGGCCGUGGAGGAGGAGAUGGCUAAGACGCAGAAGAAUAAGGCGACAUCGUUUCACUUGGGUCAACUCAAAGCCAAGCUUGCGAAGUUGAAAAGGGAGUUGCUCACGCCAUCGAGCAGCGGUGGCGGCGGCGGAGUUGGAUUCGACGUUGCAAGAACCGGAGUUGCAAGUGUGGGCUUCAUCGGCUUUCCGUCUGUGGGCAAGAGCACACUCAUGAGUCGCUUGACGGGUCAGCACAGUGAGGCAGCCGCAUAUGAGUUUACAACCCUUACGACGGUGCCUGGUCAGGUUUUAUACAAUGGCGCGAAGAUCCAGAUGCUGGACUUACCUGGUAUCAUUCAAGGCGCGAAGGACGGCAAAGGCAGAGGUCGGCAGGUGAUUGCGGUGGCGAAGACUUGCCAUCUCAUAUUUAUUGUGCUCGACGUCAACAAACCUUUGACGGACAAGCGCAUUAUCGAGAACGAACUGGAAGGCUUCGGCAUUCGGGUGAACAAGGAGCCACCCAACAUCAAGAUCACGAAGAAGGACAAGGGUGGCAUUUCUAUCACGAGCACCGUGGCUCUUACGCACAUUGACAACGAUGAAAUCAAAGCUGUCAUGAACGAGUACCGUAUGGCGAAUUGCGACAUUGCCAUAAGAUGCGACGCCACCAUCGACGACCUGAUUGAUGUGAUUGAGGCGAAAGCCAGGGCUUACAUCCCCGUCAUAUACGCCUUGAACAAGAUCGACGCCAUCUCUAUAGAGGAGCUGGACCUCUUAUACCGUAUUCCGAAUGCUUGUCCGAUCAGCAGCGAGCACGGCUGGAACGUCGACGAGUUGAUGGAGCAGAUGUGGGAGAAGCUCAAACUGAAGCGUAUCUACACGAAGCCUAAGGGGAAGCUGCCGGAUUAUAGUGCGCCGGUCGUGCUUCGCUCCGGUAGGGAUACGGUCGAAGACUUCUGCAACGCGAUUCACAAGACCAUCGUCGAGCAGUUCAGGAUCGCCAUUGUAUACGGACGCAGUGUCAAACACCAACCGCAGAGGGUUGGCUUAACGCACGUGCUGGAAGACGAGGACAUCAUCACCAUCAUCAAGAAGUGA